ACAACAUACAACUCUAACUCACAACAUUACCUUGUGUGUCUAAGUACAAAAACUCCCAACACUAAACAACAAUAAUCUAACUUUAUACAAAUGACAAGAGAAAUCAUUUCCAUCUCCGUAGGUCAAUGUGGUAACCAAAUUGGCCAACAAUUCUGGAGAACCAUCUCCCAAGAACAUGGAUUAUCAAUGGAUGGUCAUUCAACCAACACUGCUUCUCCACUCGAAAAGGAAAAUCUCGGUGUUUACUUCUCCGAAUCAUCCGACAGAUAUGUCCCACGUGCUGUUUUAGUUGAUUUGGAAUCAGGUGUUUUGGAUUCUGUUAAAUCCUCAUCCCAAGGUCAAUUAUUCCGUCCAGAUAACUUUAUCAAUGCUGCCUCAGGUGCUGGUAACAAUUGGGCUAAAGGUUUCUACACUGAUGGUACUGAAUUAAUUGAUGAAAUUAUUGAUACUAUUAGAAAGGAAAGUGAAUCAUGUGAUAGUUUGCAAGGAUUCCAAUUAACCCACUCAUUGGGUGGUGGUACUGGUUCUGGAUUAGGUACCUUGUUAGUCUCCAAAAUUAAGGAAGAAUUCCCAGAUAGAAUGUUGGCUACCUUCUCAGUUUUUCCAAGUGCUAAAGUUUCUGAUACCGUUGUUGAACCAUACAAUGCUACUUUGAGUAUUCAUCAAUUGAUUGAAAAUGCUGAUCAAGUUUUCACUAUUGAUAAUGAAGCUCUUUUUGAUAUUUGCACAAAGAGUUUGAAAUUGGCAACUCCAAACUUUGAAGAUUUGAAUCAAUUGAUUGCUUCUGUCAUGUCUGGUGUUACUUGUAGUUUGAGAUUCCCAGGUCAAUUGAACUCUGAUUUGAGAAAAUUGAGUGUUAAUUUGGUUCCAUUCCCAAGAUUGCACUUCUUUAUGGUUUCAAAUGCUCCAAUUGUUGCUGAAUAUAACAAGCAAUACCAUAACUUGUCAAUUGCUGAAUUGACUUCUCAAAUGUUCUCCAGAAAGAAUAUGUUUGCUGCCUGUGAUCCAACUUCAGGUAAAUACUUGGCUGCUAGUGCCAUUUUCAGAGGAGCCAACUUGUCAACCAGUGAUAUCGAUCAACAAAUGUUGAGUCUCCAAACCAAAUCCAAAGAUAAUUUUGUUUCAUGGAUUCCAAACAAUAUCAAAUCAUCUGUUUGUGAUGUAGCUCCAAAGAAUUUGCCAGUUUCUGGAACUUUCAUUGGUAACACAACUGCCAUUCAAGAUGUUUUCAAGAGAAUUGGAACUCAAUUCCAUCAAAUGUAUAAGAAGAAGGCCUUCUUGCAUUCUUAUAUUAAUGAAGGAAUGGACCAAAUGGAAUUCACUGAAGCUGAAGCUAAUAUGAAUGAUUUGAUUAAUGAAUAUCAACAAUAUCAAGAUGCUACCAUUGAAGAUGAUGUUGAUGGUGGUUUUGGAGGUAAUGCUGAUGAUGAAUUGCAACAACAAGAAUAAUUUUAAAAAGUUUUAAUUUUCAAGAAUAAGAAAUUGUGUGUCUAGUAGUGUAUUUUAUGGAAUAUUCUAUGGAUUGUCUCGAUAGAAUUUGUAAAUAUGCUAAUUCAUGUAAUAAAAAGAGAAUCUGCUAGGUUUUUAAA